AUUAAAUCACAAAACCAAUGAUUCUCCAGUUUAUUCCUGGAAUAUAUAAUAAUAAUAUAAUAAUACGUGCGGUCUGCUUAGAUGUCCCUUUAUAAAUUGGAUGAUAGGUCAGUGAAAAUUUCUGCAACACUGGAAUCUAAGAUCCAUGGCUAACAAUUCCAAAUUACAUGUAGUGAUGUUCCCAUGGUUGGCUUUUGGUCAUAUUAUUCCAUUCUUUGAGCUCUCCAAAUUCAUAGCUCAAAAGGGUCACAAAAUCUCAUUUGUUUCCACUCCAAGAAAUAUUGAUCGUCUCCCAAAAAUCCCUUCUCAUUUAGUUUCUUCCAUAACCCUAGUUAAGAUUCCACUGCCUAAAGUUGAAGGACUCCCUGAAUCUGCAGAGGCAACCAUGGAUAUCAGGAAUGAAGAUAUACCCUAUUUGAAGAAAGCAUUUGAUGGGAUGGAAACUGAGUUGACUCGUUUCUUGGAAAACUCACUUCCAGAUUGGGUUCUCUACGAUUUUGCUCCACACUGGUUACCUCCAGUUGCAGCAAGACUUGAAAUUUCUCGUGCCUUUUUUAUGAUAAUUAACGCAUGGUUUUUAGCUUUCUUUGGACCAUCUGAGAUCUUGAUUAACGGUUCUGAUGAAAGGAAAAAAGCUGAAGAGUUUAUGAUUCCACCAAAGUGGGUCCGAUUUGAGACAAAAGUGGCUUAUCGAAGAUACGAAGCAAACUGGAUCGUCGCAUCAAAUCAAAAGAAUGACUCAGGAGUUUCAGAUAUUUAUCGAGGAGGUAACGUAAUUCAUGGGUCCGAGGUUAUAUUCAUAAGACACUGCAACGAGUUUGAACCGGAUUGGUUGAAAUUACUUGAAGAGCUUCACCAUAAGCCAGUUAUUCCAGUAGGUUUAAUGCCACCCCAAGUGGAAGAAGAUGACAGUCAAUCAUGGGUUUCAAUCAAAACUUGGCUUGAUGAUCAAAAUAUACAGUCAGUUGUUUACGUAGCAUUAGGGAGCGAGGUGACUCCGAGUCAAGAUCAAAUCUAUGAGUUAGCUCUUGGAUUGGAGUUAUCCGAUGUUCCCUUCUUUUGGGCACUGAGGAAGCCAUCUGGGUCAGACGAUUCCUACUCAGAGAUUUUACCAGACGGGUUCGAGGAGAGAGUCAAGGGUCGGGGUAUGGUGUGGAAAAGUUGGGCACCUCAGCUGAAGAUAUUGAGUCAUGACUCGGUGGGUGCAUUCUUGACUCACUGUGGUUGGAGUUCUUUCAUAGAGGGACUCUCUUUUGGUCAUCCAUUAAUUGCCUUACCUUUUCUGGCUGAUCAAGGUUUGAAUGCUAGAAUCAUUGCUGACAAGCAGGUUGGCAUAGAAGUCCCGAAAAACGAAGAAGAUGGAUCAUAUACGAAGAACAAUGUGUCCGACUCGAUAAAGUUGGUAAUGGUUGCAAAUGAGGGGAAGCAAUUUCGAGACAAAGCAAAAGAAAUGAGUGAAAUAUUUGGGAACAAGAAAUUACACGAUAGCUACAUUGAUAAUUUCAUUAAAUUUCUUGAAAACCCUAGGUUCACGUUAAGUGCUGCUACAAGUACCAGUGCAUAGUUUUCCAUUAGAAGAUCAUAAUUCUUGACUUCUUGUUAUUUGGAGCACUAAGAAUUUCCAACUAUGUUCAGAUGUUACAAUUUGUUUGUCUCAUACCAUCUUCAACGUGAACGCCAAAACACCAAAAUGCACCAUUUUUUGGUGUUAAGGAGCUUCAAUGGAAUACCAUACUUUGCACCAUUUUGGUGAAAAAUGGUGCAAAGUGGUCAAAGUCUUUUUUGCCAUUUCUUAUUCUUUUCCAAAUAAAUUGGUGAAGGGUAUUUGUGUCA